AUGUCUGGUCUUGGAUCUCCGUAUAUUUGCAAGAAUACUCGACAAGAAAAAGGGAAGAACAACAUAUUAAAGAAUUUUGGAUUUCUUGUCCCUCAUAUAACUGAGUUUGAAUAUGAGUUGCAGGAACUUUUAGUCGAAAUCGAUAUGCUUAUCGAGAAAAAGAAAGGUGACUGGGAGAAGGACUUACAUAACCUAGAAGAAAGGUUGGCAACCAAAGUAGCCGAGAACAAUAGGCUGCAACAUCUCGUGAAUGAAAAAGAUGAAGAAUUGAAAAUGCUUUUGUGCGCCUUAACUUGGUAG